AUGUCGCUUUUCGCUGUUUCAGAGAAUUUGAGAAGAGUGAGUUCUGCACCAAAUGAUCAGAGUUCCGGAAGUGCCAACGCCCCGAGCCACAAAAAAGGCCAAGAGCAGCCAGCUCGAUUUGCACUCGUCGAGGUCGAGGUCAAGGAUAUCAAUACUGAGAAAACGCUAUGCGUCCUCAACCGCGUCCCAACAACAACGACCACCAGAGAGCUGAAGAAGCUUUUUGAACGGGAAUUCCCGACCAUUUAUGUUGAGAGGCAGUCUUUUCAUCUCGACAAAAAAUCAAAAGCGCUUCCGAAUAAGGACUGCCUAUCAUCCCAUGGACUUACAAACGAGUGCGUAUUGUACUUCAAAGACCUGGGCCCGCAGAGCAACUGGAAGACUGUCUUUCUUUGCGAAUUCAGCUGCAUGAUCCUUGUCUAUUCCAUCUUCUUCCUUCUCCGAUACAUCCGAGGAGACAGUUACAACAGUGAGAAUGAUGAUGAUGAUCAAGACGAAACAGAAGGAGAUGAAGGGGAAAAUGAAGAGAUCUUUGUCAAAUCAGCAGAUGAUUUCGCAUGUUUGGCGGCAAUGAUUGCUCACACUUUUCAUUAUUUAAGGAGAAUUCUUGAAGUUUGCUUUUUGCACAAAUUCAGCGGGAGCACUUUUGCUGUUCGAAAUAUCCCAAAAAUCUGCAUUUUCAACGGGAUCAUGACCGCCUGGAUGGCUUACAUCAUCAACCACCCGCAGUACCAUCCUCCUAGAAAUCUCCAAGUCCUCUUUGCCUCUGUUAUUUUUCUCCUGGCUGAGUUGGGGUCUUUAUCGAUUCACUAUCAGCUCAAAAGUAACUUCAAAAACAGAACGAUUCAGAACCCAAGCUGGAAUCCUUUCACUUGGCUCUACUCCAGAGUUUCCUGCCCAAACUACACAUACGAGCUCCUGACAUGGAUCAGCUUCAUCAUCAUGACAAAUUGCGGCGUAGUGCUUAUUCUGACUAAAAAAAAAGAAUCAAAACGAAACAAUAAAGCGAUGUCAGACGAAAUUCCACUGCUUCCAAAUCAAAGAGAAACACCAGAACAGCGAAAAAUCAGCAAUAAUGCCCAUACUCGCGGAAAAAUUGUCCUCGUUUUCAUCAUUAUCAUCCUCUUCGGUGCACUGUAUCUCCCGUACAGUAAUUUCACGAUAAUUGUGCCGAGUUAUAUUCAAGUGUUUAUUCCGCCGACAUCACCGAAAAUGAGAGCAGAUGAGCGCUACUAUCCUCCACCAGGAGUGAAUUUCGACCCGGAUGAAAUUGACAGUUCCAAAAGCAAAGAGAAAAUUUCCGUUUUUCCAAAGCCAGCCGAAAAUUUAGACCCUAAAAAUAUCGAAAACUCAGCUCCGAAAACCCCAAAUCCAAAAGAAACCAUAUCAUUACCUGAAAAACCCCUUAAAGCCACCAAAAAACCCGAAGAAAACCAGCCUGAACAGCAAAAAUGGACGAUAGUUAUUUCUUACAUUAGUGAAGAAAUGAAGCUCUUGAAUCAAGAAUUCUUGAGUUUAACGAAUUUCCAAUCCUGCCCAGUCAAGUUUGAGUUCAUUUUUGUGAAGAAAGAAGAAGGCAACGAUUCGCUGAUGAUUGAGGAAAUCUUGCCCAAAGUGGAGUCUGAAACAGUAGUCUUCAAAACUGAAGCAGAUAUUCUUCUCUUGCCGGAAUUGGUUGCGAAGAAGCCAGAUCCAAAGGAGGGUAUUGUGUGCAUCAAGGAUGAUUAUAGGAUCAAGCAGAAGAAGGCUGAUCAGAACCCAAAUGACUUCGUCAAGUUCACCUUCCGCGGCGAAAAUCUCGGUCCAUGCCGCUCAACUUCUCGCCAGGGGCCUUUUCUCCUUUCAAAAUCUCGUUUUUUGAACAACACUAUUACGGGCACUCUGCUUUCUCCAGCCAUCACUCGCUCAAAACCAGUCGAUUUCAUUUCCGCCGAAAGAAUUUUGCCGCAGAGUUAUAAAAUAAUGAAACCACCGCCGAAUUUUUACAAAUUGGAAGAGAAGGAUUACAACGUACCUCCAGCAAUUCUAGCGCAUCCGAGAAAAACUUGCGAAAUGAACGAGCUGCCGAUCUUCAUCAAAAGCGCGAUCAACAACAAAAAACUUCGAUCCUUCAAUCGCCAGAUCCGCAACGAGUACCAGAAACUGAUUCCCGAUUGGAAACUCAAGCUCUACUUUGUUUUCGGGAAAAAGGACGCUGGAAUGGAUCUUCUCUACAAGGAGCUCGAGGAGUUUGACGACUUGAUCAUUGCUGAUUUCAACGAUAUUUACAAUAAUCUGCCGCUCAAGACUUUUGCUGCUCAUAACUUCCUGAACUCCGAUUAUUUCGACAGCUGUAAUGUUCAAUGGACAAUCUUCCACGAUGAUGAUUCUGCAGUCGUUUAUGACAAGUUGAUCAACAAUGUCUUCAAAAGAGAAUCGCCGGACACUGCCAAAUUCCGCUGUAUUUUUUCCAACAUCAACCCUGGUCCCCCUAUCCGUACGGGCAAAUAUGGCGUCAAUGCUCACAACUUCCCAAUGGGCUACAUUUUUCCUGCUUUUUGCAAUGGACCCGCUGCUUCUUUCACGAAAAAAGCUUCAGAGGACAUUUUUGAAAUUGCGAGGACUCAUAGAAACGGUCGAAAUAGCUUCCUCUCUGGGUUCAUCCUCGAGGAUGUGAUGUUCACUGGAAUCUUCCGUGAAAUCGCUCAUGACAAGGACAUCAAAAUGAUCACUGGAAUGGCCCAACACUUUGCUAGCAGCAAGGAAACUAAUUUAAAUAAGCAGUUGCAAAUGGUCAGACACACUGUUUCUUCAAGAGGAUAA